AUGGACGGUGUCGUUCACGAAGAGAACUUCGCCAAGAGGCAGGGCCUCGGCGGAUUCUUGUCUGGCAUCUUUGGUGGUGGCGGCAAUGGGCAAAGUGCGAGCACGAGCUCCAAUACAGACCCGCUCGGCUUGGGUGGUCUUACCAGCGGCUUACUACCUACCCAAUCUUCACCCUUGUCUCUGUCCUUACCCGGUUUGACGCACAGCUCGACGAGUACUACGUCGACGUCUGCCACGUCAAGAUCCGCCAUCUCCCUGACCUCGUCCAGCACAACUUCCUCCUCUACUUCUUCGUCCAGUUCCACGACGAGUUCUUCAUCCCCGUCCACUACGCCUCCCCCUACCUCCAGCACCUCUGCAUCUGAGUCGUCUACUUCCGUCGUCACGAGUACUUCCGAUGGCAACCCCGUCGUAUAUACUACGAUAAUCGCCGUCCCGGCGUCUGCCACCACGAGCGAGAGCUCGACUGGUGCAGCAGUCGCUCCCAAGUCGUUCUUCCAGAACAAGCCGCUUGAGGGUGGUGUCUUCGCCAUCGUUGGCGUUAUCGGCUUGGUUAUCGUCGUGGCCAUCGCAACCUUCGCCAUCCGUAGGAAGGCGAAGGACCGGUUGCACGAGGAAGCGCUGACUUGGCCGGACGAAGGUACCGGUGCUGCCUCCAGAGAUGUGGAGAAGGGAGGCGGUGGCCUUGGCUACGCGGGUUCCUUGAAGGGGCGUAGGAUGAGCGAUUCCAGUACUGCACACGGCGUCGGUAACGACGGCUCGAGCAGCGGCCACGGCACCGUCCCUAUGCCACCCGGCAUCGGCGGGUACAUGCCUGGCGGCUACGGCGCAGCACCUGUGCUGCCCCCUGCCGGCUACCCGCAGCAGCAGAUGGGGUACGACUACAACGCUGGUCAAGGGUACGGACGUAACUUGGUCAGCCCGCCCACUGUCAACCCCCAAUACCAGAACGCCUAUGGUGCUCCUGUACUCCCGAAUCCGAUCUACGACCCUGUGCGCUCGCCUGUGUACCCGGCCAAUCCGACUAUGCCCCAGUUUAACGUGACGUCGCCUCCUCCUAUGGGCGCUACGGCAGUCCCGAAGGCUCUGCCUCCUCUCGAGACUGAGCGAGCGAACUUGCCGUACGCAGACCGCUCUAGUCCCACUGCUGCCAACCGGAGGAGCGCGAGCUUGUUAAGCCCGGUCUCUGCCAGCGAGCAUGACCCGUAUGACGGAGUUGCGAGCGACGGAUCUGCCAAGGUCAGGAAGCGCGCUAGCUCGCAUUCGAGGGAGUUGGAUCCCGCUAUGCCUGCCAUGCCGGCUACACCGGCGUUGCCUGACAGUUUCGGCGACGACAACCUUGGUGCAGUAGGCAGUGUCCAGGAGUACGACGACAAGCGGGUACUGAAGGUCGGUUUCAUCGUCCUAUUAAACAUCAACGUGUCGUCUGAUCUAAUACCUUCGUUUCAGGUCGCAAACCAGUACUAA